UUUACCAUAUUUCAGAGGGGUCUCUGUUGGGCGACUGCUGGGUCUGCGAGCUCUAGGAGGAGGAAGAAGAAGAAAAGCCAUGGAAGAAGGAGAAAGCGCCUCCACGAAGAUGAGAAUUUACGUUGGAGGACUAGGUGCUGCCAUGACUGAAGACGACCUCAGGAAGGUUUUUAAGAGCGUCGGCGGCGUGGUGGAGGCCGUCGAUUUCAUUCGUUCCAAAUCUCGCAGCUUCGCUUACGUUGAUUUCUUUCCGUCCUCCCAAUCGUCCGUCUCCAAACUCUUCAGCACUUACAAUGGAUGUGCUUGGAAAGGAGGAAAGUUGAGGCUUGAGAAAGCUAAGGAACAUUAUCUUGCUCGCUUGAGGCGGGAGUGGGAGGAAGAUGCUGAAAUUAUGAAUUAUGAUGAUGGUGCAGACCUGGAGGCUUCUGCUCCAGAAUCUACAGAGCAUGUUGCGAAAUCAGAGCACAUUCAGAUUUUCUUUCCAAGUUUAGGAGAGGUGAAGUCUUUACCAAUUAGUGGUACAGGAAUUCACAAAUAUGAUUUUCCACAUGUUGAGGUGCCUCCUCUUCCUGUGCAUUUUUGUGACUGUGAAGAGCAUAAUGUUUCUGAUCCCACAAGCAAAUCCAUGGACACAAAAACAGGAGAUUUGGAUGCUGGGAAUGGUGGAAUGGAUGAAGAUGAAAUCAAGAUGAUGAAUACAGUGUUGAACAAGCUCUUUGAGAGGCAGGAUGCUUCUCAUGUUAAUUGUAAUGAGACCAUGGCAGUCAAGGAUAAAGACAACUCUAAGAUAUUGACCGAUAAUCAACCACUUGAAGAUAAUAAAGAGGAUAGUGAUGAAGAUAACCUUGUGCUUAAUGUAAUGGCUAGUGGCUCCAAUUCCAAAUCGUUGCCAUUGAACAGUGGAAGUAAAAGUUUCAAAGCUCAUGGGAACAGUAAGGGUGCGGACAGGGAUCAGAAAGGUAAUAGCAGAGUUCAAAGCAAGAAAAGGAAAUCGGUUACCGAUGAGGAAUUUGAUAGUAAUGAAUAUGUGCCCAAUAUCUCUACUGGCAGUGGAAAGGGGAACACAAAUCCAGCAUAUGAGCCAGUUGGACCCUCGAGACCUCAAGCUCCUGAUCGAGCAAUGCCGAUCCAAUCUUCACAUUCUCAGAAAUCUUCAUGGAAAACACUUAUUUGUGAUAAGAGCAAGGCUUCAUUCAGCAUCUCAGACAUACUGCCUUCUGUUCCUUCAGCAAAUGAAGAGCAGCCAGAAGCAGAUGAUCUAAGUCUAGCUCAUUCAUCUCCGAACAAAAACAGCGACCGUGCUACUGCUGCGGUAUUGAAAAGAAAAAAAGAUAAAACAAAACCCGCGAAUAGCAAUGUUUCGUUCAGCAUUUUAGACACACUGCCUACUGCGUCUUCAGCAGAUCAAGAGCAAACAGAAGCUGAUGAUCCGAAUCGAGCUCAUUCAACUCCAAACAGAAACAGUGACCUUGCUACUGCUGCGGUAUUGAAAAGAAAAAAAGAUGAAACGAAACCCGCGAAUAGCAAUGUUUCGUUCAGCAUUUUAGACACACUGCCUACUGCGUCUUCAGCAGAUCAAGAGCAAACAGAAGCUGCUGAUCCGAAUCGAGCUCAUUCAACUCCAAACAGAAACAGCAACCUUGCUACUGCUGCAGUAUUGAAAAGAAAAAAAGAUGAAACGAAACCUGCGAAUAGCAAUGUUUCGUUCUGCAUUUCAGACGCACUGCCUACUGCAUCAUCAGCAGAUCAAGAGCAAACAGAAGCUGAGGAUCUGAAUCUAGCUGCAACUGAUGCAAUAUUGGAAAGAAAAUCAAAAGAAAUGAAAUCUGUGGAGAGCUCCCCUGAAGCCGAAAAUACCGUUCGAAAUGUCACCUCGAAUCAAGGAAGAGGCGCUGCAUGGAAGCAAAAAUCUUCAUGGACACAAUUAGUUAGCCAGGAAGCCACCUCCUUCAGUAUUACUCAAAUUUUAUCAAACAAUACUUCUGAAAAACAGGUACAAAGGGAAUCCGAUGUCAUCAAUGUUAAUCUCUUUGCGGCAAGCGAAAAUAAUGAUUCAAUAGAACAGGAAAGUCGAAGUACUGCGGCAGAUGAUUCUGCUGCAUUUGUAGUUGCAAAAGAUGAAACUGCCUGUUAUGAUGUCAAGAAGAAUGACCAACCUGCAGUGCAAGAAAAUGAGUCCUCUCCCACCGAAGCUAUUGAGAGGCAUAUUAAACCACAGGAAGCAGGUUCAUUCGAUGCUAAAAGCGGCGAAACUUGCUGCCCGUUUAUGAGAAAUUCUCGGUCGGUAGCCGAGUGGACAAAGAUAAAAGCUGCUCUUUCUGGUGGAUCCAAGAAGAAAAAGCAGAGACAAUCGGACACAAAAUAGCAUAGGUAUGUAACUCUUAAAUCUUGGUUGAAUGUGGGGGCUUCAUUUGAAUGUCUGAACAUAAAUUGGUUUCAUCUACUUAUGAACAAUCCAUUGCAGCUUUGAAUGGGUUCUUGGGGUGAAAGUGUUUUUAGCCUUAGAAGGAAAAUUUAAAAGCAGUGAAGUUUUAUCUACCUGCAUUAUUGACAUUUUAUGAUUUAGCCUUAUAAUUUCAGCUAUUAUUCAUAGACAA